AUGCCGAGCCAGGGGCGCCUGCGGGCGCAUACCUGGCGGAGGUCCCUAAGAGGCCCCUGGGGGGUUGUAUUCCUUGUAGGACUGUGGCUAGCAAUAUGCGGCUCAAGAGGAGCCGUUGUAUACGCGGAGGAGACAGCAGCAACAGCUGCUGAUUUCCCCGACUGUCCCCUCAUGGACUCCAGCUGUCUCCUCAACUACACCGUCUCAGCCCCCGACUACUUCUACCGCAGGCGAAUAGAGGCACCUGCCUCCCCAAUAUCCGUUCGGGCGCCACUGGAGGGAGAGCAGCAGCAGCAGCAGCAGCGGCAGCUGCAGCAGCGGGAGACGAAAGAGCAGCAGGAGGUACAGCAUCAGCAACAAGGAGUGGGCUCGUCGGGUUCAGCAGCUUCGACGGAGCUACCGGGAGAGGCGGGCGAUAAGCCCGCUAAGGAAACGAAGCUCCUGAAGCAUAUACAGCAUCAGCAACAAGGAGUGGGCUCGUCGGGUUCAGCAGCUUCGACGGAGCCAAUGGGAGGGGCGGGCGAUACGUCUGCUAAGGAAACGAAGCUCCUGAGUCAGUCAGAGGUGUUUGAGUUUGCAGUUCGACGGCUGCAGAGCAUCGGGGGGUUCUUUGGGUCGCAACGUCCCGGAGCUGGGGGCAGCCAGUCUGCUGCUGGAGCCGACGGGGCUGGAGGGCGGCGGCGUCAGCAGCAGCCCUCUCCCCUGUCUCUCGAGUUGGGGGAUCCUUUGGAUGCCAGUGGUGGACGGGGCUCGCGGCCUCUCCUGGAGAGCAACGGGUUGAUAUGCGAAGACGACGAGAGGGUUGAGGAGGGGGGGCGGCGGCGUCAGCAGCAGCCCUCUCCCCUCUCUCUCGAGUUGGGGGAUCCUUUGGAUGCCAGUGGGGGACGGGGCUCGCGGCCUCUCCUGGAGAGCAACGGGUUGAUAUGCGAAGACGACGAGAGGGUUGAGGACUUUGGGGUGAAGUGCCGGCUGAUUGCUCGGUCGCUUGGUGGCCGCUUAGGCUGCGAGAAGCGUCUGAUAGACAUAUCCCCAGACGGGAGACUGCCUGCUAACAUCCCCGCCUUCAGCCGCGUAGCAGACGCUUGUCCUAUGACCUGCGGGCUCUGCGAGGAAUGCGCCCCAGGCUGCGCCCUCUGGUUCCUCGGCAACACUCUUUGUGAUGAAGUCUGCAACAACGCCGCCUGCCAGUUCGAUGGCGGAGACUGCUGGAGCGCAGACUGUGUCGUGGGGCCCUGGGCCGAGUGGUCACCCUGCAGCGUCACCUGCGGGGGCCCUGGUACACAGCGCAGGCGCAGAGAGAUCAAAAGCAGAGCCAAGCAAGGAGGGGCCCCUUGCCCUAAACUCGAGGCUAACAUCCCCGCCUUCAGCCGCGUAGCAGAUGCUUGCCCUAUGACCUGCGGGCUCUGCGAGGAAUGCGCCCCAGGCUGCGCCCUCUGGUUCCUCGGCAACACUCUUUGUGAUGAAGUCUGCAACAACGCCGCCUGCCAGUUCGACGGCGGAGACUGCUGGAGCGCAGACUGUGUCGUGGGGCCCUGGGCCGAGUGGUCCCCCUGCAGCGUCACCUGCGGGGGCCCUGGCACACAGCGCAGGCGCAGAGAGAUCAAAAGCAGAGCCAAGCAAGGAGGGGCCCCUUGCCCUAAACUCGAGGAAACACGGCAAGGGUGCAACGCAGACGUGCCGUGCCCGAGCCACUGUCAGGUGGGCCCGUGGACAGAGUGGUCUGCCUGCUCCGAACCUUGUGGGCCCGGUGUCAGUGUGAGGGAGCGGCCAGUGCUGAAAGAACCGGACGCUGAAGGCAAGCUGCUGCUGCUCCCCGUUUCGUCGCUGCUGCAGCGUGGCAUCCGCGGCUGCAGCACAGUCUCUUUGCUGCUUGAAGCAGUCUCUCGGAACGUAGAUAGCAAACCGUUGAGAGACACUGCAGAGACAAGAUGA